AUGGAUUAUUUCCCUGGAGCAGUAUCGGCUUUUCUUGUAAGAGAGGGGAUGACACUAAAAAGCGGAAACGAAAGAAAGGAACUGAAUCAAGGAAUGAUGAGUCAGUGGUUUUGUUCAAGAAAUCUGUCACUAAAUCUCACCGUUUUGAAUUGUCCACUGGUGAAAAGAAGUUGCAGCCGAAGUCAGCAGGAUUCAAUGGAACUGAUUGUCUCAUAUCAGAAAGUUGAGAUGAAAAUUCAAAAGGGAGAAACAAUAGCGAAAGAAGAAACUAGAACUAUAUUUGUUGGAAAUGCGCCAUUGUCAAGCACUAGGAGAGGAAUCAAAAAUUGUUUCCGCAGUUCGGUACUGUGCGAAAUCGAUAGAAGCAGGUUUGGCGUUUCUAAAAAUGUUUCUUUCGUGAGAAUAGUUCGGGACCCGAAGACUGAUAAUAGUAAAGGUUUUGCUUUUGUGGCAUUCAAGGAGAAUGCAGCCAUACCACUUGCACUACAGCUUGAUGGAUCGAUCUUCAAAAGCCGUCCAUUGCGUGUCAAAAGAGUACAGAGCAAGACAAGAAGUCAUCAGCAUUCGCUGAGAAAUAUUGCGAAACAACGUACUGAUCACAUGCUAAGAACGUAG